GCCCUAGUUUCAGGCUGAAUAAGUCUGAGAGGACUUGAUCCUGGGCGUGGCUUGUUCCCGGUCCACGCCCAAUGUCGUCAAAAGCAGAGGUCUGCAGUCACUCUGGCCAAGGCACGGCGCCGCGCGGACAUGGCGCCGGCAAUGCGACCGCCGACACGCAAGGUGUGUCGGAUUCCCGUGGUUGGGCAGUAGGAUGGCGCUGAAGACGCCUACGCCGGGCGUCGGCGAGCGCGAGACAUGGGGCAAGAAGGUGGACUUCCUGCUGUCCGUCAUCGGGUUCGCCGUCGACCUCGCCAACGUGUGGCGCUUCCCUUACCUCUGCUACAAGAAUGGCGGCGGCGCAUUUCUGGUGCCGUACUGCAUCAUGCUGGUGGUGGGCGGUAUCCCACUGUUCUACAUGGAGCUGGCACUGGGCCAGUUCCAUCGGAAGGGCGCCAUCACCUGCUGGGGGAGACUGGUACCACUCUUUAAAGGUAUCGGGUACGCGGUGGUACUGAUAGCAUUUUACGUGGACUUCUAUUACAAUGUCAUCAUCGCGUGGGCGUUGCGCUUCUUCUUCGCUUCCUUUACCACCAUGCUUCCCUGGACCAACUGUGACAACGAGUGGAACACACCGGCUUGUCGACCCUUUGAAGCAAUCUGGGAAGCUUCGAAUAGAACUCGGCUCCGUAAUAAUAGCUCGUCAGGAUCCAUAGCACCACCUCCAACAACUCCGUUUACAUCAGCUGCUUCUGAGUAUUUCAAUCGGGCCAUUUUGGAACUGCAAGGAAGUGAAGGACUCCACGACCUAGGCGCGAUAAAAUGGGACAUGGCUCUCUGCUUGCUCGCCGUCUAUAUCAUCUGCUACUUCUCUCUUUGGAAAGGCAUCAGCACUUCUGGGAAGGUGGUUUGGUUUACAGCUCUGUUUCCAUACGCGGUACUUUUAAUUCUCUUGGUCCGUGGUAUAACCCUGCCUGGCUCUGCAACCGGUAUUCAGUACUAUCUCAGUCCUAACUUCGAAGCUAUUUCUCAACCUCAGGUGUGGGUGGAUGCAGCAACUCAAGUAUUUUUCUCCUUGGGACCUGGUUUCGGAGUGCUGUUGGCUUACGCGUCAUACAAUAAGUAUCACAACAAUGUGUAUAAGGACGCCAUACUGACGAGCGUGAUCAACUCAGCAACGUCGUUCAUAGCUGGCUUCGUGAUCUUCAGUGUGCUAGGGUACAUGGCCCACGCUUCAGGGAGAGAUGUCCAGGAUGUGGCCACCGAGGGACCAGGGCUUGUGUUCGUGGUCUACCCGGCGGCUAUCGCGACCAUGCCUGGAUCCACCUUCUGGGCUCUAAUCUUCUUUAUGAUGCUUCUCACUCUCGGUUUGGAUAGCUCGUUCGGUGGUUCCGAGGCAAUAAUAACAGCCCUCAGCGACGAGUUCCCUCCAAUCGGUCGACAUCGUGAGAUCUUCGUGGCGUGCCUCUUCACUCUCUACUUCUUCGUGGGCCUGGCUUCCUGCACCAAGGGCGGCUUCUACUUCUUCCAACUGCUUGAUAGAUACGCUGCUGGCUACUCCAUCUUGGUUGCUGUGUUCUUCGAAGCUAUUGCGGUGUCUUGGAUUUAUGGUACGGAGCGGUUUUGCGAGGAUAUCCGCGAUAUGAUCGGUUUCCGUCCCGGUCUAUACUGGCGCGUCUGCUGGCGUUUCGCCGCCCCGGCCUUCCUUCUCUUCAUCACUGCUUACGGACUUCUGGACUAUGAACCGCUGCGAUAUGAAGACUACGUGUACCCUGGAUGGGCUAAUGCGCUUGGGUGGGCUAUAGCUGGCUCAAGCGUCAUGUGCAUACCGACCGUGGCGAUCUACAAGCUGAUUACUGCGAAGGGAACUUUUGUUGAGCGUUUACGUCUACUGACGACUCCGUACGCUGACACCGAAGGCAACGGCACGGUCCACAAUGGUGUGGUGGUAUCAGAGAGUGGUGGCGUGAGACUGGCCUCGGCCGUGGUGACCCCGACGUCCCCCCCUCCGAGCACUCCCCCCGCCGCACCACCACCCGCGCUCGUCUGAGCACAGCUCUCCUUCGACGUCUAUUACGUAUAGAGUGUAGGCGUUGCGUACCGGACAGAAGCGAACUAGGGGCCUGGGUAAAUGGCCGUCUUUGACAUUCAUGAAACUCCAUCUGCUAUGAAGAAAAGAAUAGGGGAGGAAUCCCCUUCCAAUUUGGUUACGUCCAAGUGUUUGUGCUUCAUCAUCUAAUCUGUCUUCUCUCGUGAGUGCAAAGAUGGCCAUUCAUCUACGCUUCUAAAGAGUGCAUCAAGUUGUGGGACUGUCGGUGUAACCAUAGCACUCCAUGUUUGUUACUCCACGGUUAUCGCUUCCCCGAGUGUGACAUGAGUAAGACUUAUUAUUUCUUAGGUUAAGGUUGAAUGUGGUAAGUUUUGAAGGUGGUGUCGAAAGGGUAAGUAGUGAAGGGCUGUAAUUAAAUAAGGAUUAUAAUAUAAUACACUCAACCCCUGUUUAGUAGUAUAGAUGUACCUAGUUGUAGACCAAACUUGAAUUCUUGCUUUGUAGGAAGAAACUAGAUGUUAAGGUUAGACAGGUCAUUGAGCAAAAUUGCGUAUUAUAUCUUAUUAAUAGAUAAGUAUUAUGUCUUUAUAUAUUAUGUAUUUAUUGAUAUUGCUAUAUACCUAUUUAUGAGUAGGUGUACCUACUUACUUAUUUAUAGAAUAAGGAGAAAUAUUUUGAUGUCUAUUUACUCACACUUAGAUAUAUUAUAUGUUUAAUAAAAUAAAGUAGAAAUAGUGUUAGACUAGGCUACAUUUCGCGUGAACUAAUGCGCAUGUAAGUUUAACCGACUAUUCAGCAAACCGUCGAUGUUUUAGCUGUAGUUUAGAUUUAUAGACCCAUCAAGCAAAAAGGUUGACGCUGGAACAAUUACUAUUACGAAAAAUGAUUCUUGAAAGAGAACUCAAUGUUAGUUUUACAAUAACAAUUAAAACAUCCCUUUUGAACCCACCCACAACCUAGAUAAAAAUCCUAGUUAGGACUUCGGUAUUGUCAUUUAGAAAAUAUACGCGUAGCAAAUUUUUGAUCUGGUAAUCAUAAAAUUCCCAGUAGUGUUGUACAAUAAACCAAUAUUCAGAAACUUACUAAUCGCCUAUCCGUAUAAUUGAGCUUACCUAAUCCAUUUUAUUCCUAAUAUAAACCUAACUUUCCUUUAUAAAUAAAAUUAUGUAGUAUUGUAUAUCUAUGACUCAAAACGUGUAUGGUAGCAUUAAUAAAUGUAGGAUUUUAUCUAUUCUAAGAUAUAAGUGAAAUAUGUGGCUGUUUAUUAACAAUAAGAAGUAGUAUUAGUAGUAUUGCAAUAUAAAUGACAUAUUGUGUAGUACAUAGACAGUUUAAUUCGUGUUUCUAGCGCAAUAUAAUUUGGCGCCAAUAAGUACCUAUUCUAAUAGCAAGAUAUGUUCUCCAUUUAAACAUUAUAUUAAAGGAUAAUAGUGAUAAACUCUUAGAAAUUAAGGAAAAUGAAAUGCUGUGUAGAUAAUAGAAACAAUAAAAUGAUUAUUAUAAUCACUCAUAAUACUUAAAAUUAUGAAUAUAGGUUAGAACUAAAAGUUCAUGUACCCACAUGAUAUUAUUUAUGCUGUAGUAGAAUUUAAAUUAGUGCGAUCAGUGUUAGAACAAUAAUAUCACAUAUUUAACUCCAUUUUAACUCUAAAUGUUGUGGUUUAGAUUCAGUGUAUAAUUGUAUAGGUGCUCCAUUUUUUUAAUAAUGUGUUUCAUGUGUUUUAUUUACCAAGUUUAUUUAUUUGAAUUACUAUUCGUCACUCCGUCCUGGGCAAUGCGGACUGAUGAAUGGUAUAACGAUUUUUGAAGUAUGAAUUGAAUAUCAAUGGAUCUUCCAUUACGUUAGGGAUAUGAUACGCUCCACAAGCGUUACACUUCAGCUUACUCGAUGUGUAGUUUGUAGAAUCUCCGCUUUCAAUCUCUUGAUGUUCGUAAUUAACAUGUUUUCAACAUCUAUAGACAUUAUUCGUAUGUAGAAUACUUAUUCCAAUCAAAUAUUUCAUACUUAUAAUCAUGCUUUUUCUAGCCUCUAGUCUAGUUUAUUAGGCUGUAGGCAACUCAACUGUGUAGAAUUUUAGAUAAAAUAUGAUGUAUCUUAGUAAUGAUUGAUGUAUUAAAUAUGUACUCGUAUUAUAGUUGUUGAUGUUACAUCGGUAGUCAUACCAGCCAUUAUGACUAUUGAUUGUUAGAAAAUAAAUUUAUACUUACUAAAA